AUGACUCUUCAAGAACUGCCAGAUCGAAGAUCCUACUGGAAUACGACCUCCGAUGGAAUAUUUCCCCCAGCAAAUUUUGGACAAAGAUUUGGAAUUAGUCGUCAAAGGUUUGAGAUCAUUAUAGUGGCCCUGCGCUUCACACAACCGUCAGACCUUGAUGAUUCUGACAAAUGGCGUAACACCAGAACACUAGUAAUGAUGGUGAAUGAUAAACUAAAAGAUACCAUCCGUCCUGGUGCAAAAAUAACUGUAGAUGAAUCCAUGUUCGCCUGGUAUGGAAGAGGUGCGUACUUCAAAGACGCGAUGCCAGCAGUUAUGAAAACAAAAGAAAACCAAAACGAGUGGGUUGUGAAGUAUAAACAGCCUGUGCCCCAGACAGUACAGACAUGA